AUGACCAGAAAAGCGGAGAGAGAAGGUGCUAUGUCAAACUUAGAGCUACCAAGCCGAAGCUUACCUGCUGUCAUAACUGAGGCAAUUGCAUGCGUUUCAUUGAACAUCACAAGCAUCAUUGGAAACAGUCUGGUUUGUAUAGCAGCAUACAGAAACACAAACCUGCGAUCAACCACCAACCUGUAUACCAUUGCUUUAGCGGUCAGCGAUCUGCUGUGUGGAACGGUAGACAUGGCGUUAGCUUCUGCAUCGCUGAUCAUCGGAAGAUGGGCCUUUGGCAACGCUUUAUGCCAAUUUCAAGGCUUUAUCAAUAUGUUCACCUCUCACGUGACCCCAGCAACACUUGGUUUGACAGCAAUUAACCGCUACGUGAAAAUUGUAAAGACAAGCCAUUACAAGAAGAUUUUUUCGCCCCGCAGAUCUAAGAUAUGGCUGAGUUGCUUGUGGCUUUCCCUUGCACUUUACCUGUUGAUUGCUCGAGUCACAAAUUGGGUUAAAAUCGAUUUUAUUCAAGGCUACGCAGUGUGCUCCUUUGAUUACCCAACUAAUCAUCAUCAUAUAGGGAAACAGGACCCUAUUGCCAUGGAUUUCAAAGCUUGGAAUAUGUUCUGGAGAUUAUGUUUUGGAUUCUUGGCAACUUUGACCAUGACGGGAAAUAUUCUCAUCAUCUGGAUUUUUCUUAAGCUGAGACGCCGAAAGCGUUCCUCAUUUCUUCUGAUACGUUUGGGCCUGGCAGAUUUACUGGUUGGAGGACUGACCAUUCCUCUUUUCAUAGGAACAUAUGAAUCAGCUUCAAUAACAACAUGGCGUGUUUUCAACUGUGUUGACAUGUCUACAAGUACAUCGUCCAUUUAUACACUUGCUGUUAUUUCCGUGGAGAGAAUGUUCGCCAUCGGUUGGCCUCUUCGUUACAGAACUACAAACUUUCGUGUUUAUAUCUGUGCUAUUGCCCUACCGUGGAUCGUAGCAGCAAUACUCACUAUAACAGUUUUCGUUAAUGCAAACUUCAACUCCAUUACAAGAUACAGCAUUCUGAACCUGUUGGUAUAUUUGCAAAUAACUGCAAACUUUUCUCAUCUGCAACCGACGGUACUCGUCAUCAGGGUUUUACAAUAUAGCAAUUCGUUCGUGAACGUAAUUAUUUAUCCAUUAAGAAUUCCAGAAUUUAAAAACUGCCUGCUACACUUACUUCGUUGUUGUGUAGUUCCCCAUCAGAUAUUUAGAGCUGGGGUUUUACCAUCAGCUGAGUCUGGGUCAGUUGUAUCCUUAGUAAGAUUUACAAGUACCCAGCACUUAUCACCGAGCUCUAAACAGGAGAGUGCAUUUUGA